AGCCCUGACACCUGUGCUCACCCCAUCAGCAUGGCGCAGGCGGGGAGUCUUGUACGCCUGCCCCCAGCCGAGGGCUGCACUGCCUCACCCACACCUUUCUCCCACCAUGGGGACCGCAGGCCCUGGCCACCCAUCUCCUCCAGCCCUGAACCAGGCCGGCACAGCCCCCCACGCUGCCUCACCCCCAACCUCAAUGCUGGUCGCCUGCACCUCCUGCGCAAGGGCCUGGCCCCCGAGACCCACCGCUGCCCCCCUGGCCUCUACAACAGCACCGGCUCCUUGGCUCGCAAGCCAACAGAGAUGGGGUCUUUUGGCAACGGGGGCUGCCCGGGUGGGGGGCGGCUGACAGCCCCCUGCACCCCGCGGAGGGGCCAUCCUGCCCCAAGUUUCACCUCGCCCGGCAGCCGCAGCCCACUGGUGGCCCCAGAGGGACGCAGCUCCGUUGUCACCUUCCGCUUCAUCGAGAAGGCCAGCGUGCGGCCCCUCAGCGGGCCCCAGGAGAAUGGCCCCGCAGAGCCCGCUGGGGGCUGGCGUGUGCCACCUGGGCAGCCCCAGCCCCAGGAACAGCUGCUCCGCAGACUGAAGCUGGAGGCCUCUGCGUCUGACCCGCUCCUGGCUGGCUGCAGGUCCCCAGGGGAGACACGUCCCCACGAAGGCAGAAGGGAUCCCCAUUCUCUCACCACCAGCUGCCUCUUCGGCUCCCUCACCAAUGGGCUGCAGGCCCCGCCACAGGACGUCCCCACCAGCCCCCGGCCCCAGGGCAGCGCCUGGCCGUGCCCCCGGCAGAGCUCAGCUCAUGCCCAGCGUAUCGCCCGUGCCAAGUGGGAGUUUUUCUAUGGCUCGCUGGGUGCCCCGAAAACAGGCUCCUCAGCCUCCGACACUGAGCCUCCACUGCAGCCCAGCCACCCACUGCCUGCAGAGCCACCCAGCUCGCUUCCCAAGCAUGGCCUGAGCCAUGUGGAGGUGGAGAUCGAGGUGUCCCCAGCAGGCAGCAAGGAGCAGGGCUCCUGUGAGACGGGCAUCAUUAGGAGGGCUGUGAAGUACUCCGAGACAGAUCUGGACACCGUGCCGCUCCGCUGCUACCGCGAAACCAACAUUGACGACAUCCUGGCUGAGAGGGAUGAGGUGGAUUCUGCUAUUGAAAGCCAGAAGGACAGCGAGAGCAACCCCAGCUUUGCAGGGACUCCAGGCAGGAGGGACAGCAUGCCUGAAGGGAACCCUGAGCACGGUAUCCCGAGCACAAAGGAUGGAAUGCAUGACAGAAACGACAGAGACGCAGAUGAGGACGACGAGGUGUUUGAGGCCACGAUGAAAGAGAGCAGGGAAAGGAUCAUGGAUCGAGACACACAGGGUAUGCUCAAGUCUCCAGUGCCCUUCCUGCUAGGGCACAGCCUCUCCAAGGAUGGCAUGGACUCUUUCAGCAAGCAUUUUGAGAGCAUCAUGGAGUCCCAUCGAGCCAAAGGCACAUCUUACACCAGCCUGGACUCCAUUGACAUCCUCUCCUCCCCAGCCCACACUCAUGGGACCUUUUUCACUUUUGAUCUCCCAACCCUCACCCCAGAAGUACAGGGACAGAUACGAGACAGUGUGAAGCUGAUCGAGGAGAACUUUGCUCCUCUGGCUCACUUGGAGCCGGACUCUGGGACCAGUUCAGCCACCGAUGCCCCCUGGACUGAGAGGGAGGAGGAGAGGGGGAGGCGAAGGAAGGGUGCUCGGCACAGCCCUUGCUGCUCAGAGGACAGCUUUGGUACUCCCUUGGCCUCCAACAUGAGGCCGCACUCCCCCCCCACUGCCGUCCUUGCUGCCCGCCUCAGCCCUCUGCAUGGCGGCGGCAGCAGAACAAUGCCACCCACUGUGGGGACACUGGGCAGCGCUGCAGCUGCUGUGGCCUCCAGCAGCUCCGCGGGGCUGGGAUUGUUCCUGGACAAUGGGGAUGGGCAGCGCAAAGCCAAGCUGGCUGCUCUGCACGCACAGGUGCUGCAGAAGUUCUUGGUGUAUGUACAUUGGAACGGCAAGAGGCAAGCAAACCCCAACUGCUGUGAUGUCUGUCCAGCAUCCUCUGGAACAACAGUGAGUCAGACCCGUAAAAAUGAGAAAGAAGUCCAAGUCUGA